AUGAUACUUUAUAAUAAUUUAUCACAAAUGUUUCGUCGGAACGAGCGUCGCCUGACAAUCCCUUCUCCAAAAGAGUCUCCCUGUUACGAUGAUGGAAAAGAUGAGACAGUCAGCAGAGUUGAAUUUCCUUUAAAACAAGAAAUUGUCGUCUUAAAGCACAAAUUAGAGAAACUCUCUCUUAAAUACAACGAAGCGGUAGAAGACCGAAAAAAAUAUAUCGAGCAAAUGACAUUGUAAUUUUUAUGCAGAUCAGCAGACCAGUUUAGAGAAUCAUGCGAUGAAAACAAAUUUAUGAGUGAAACGAUAUCUAAAUUAAAUGAGGAAAAUAUGCAAUUGCGUCAGUACAUUAGCAAUAUAAACAUAAAAUCUAAAAAACCUAAGGGUAUCUCAAAUAAGCUUAAGCAAGCUGUUGACGAUUUAAAAGACGAAAUUAACUUAUUUCAUGACUCAUUUGAAUCUCAAAGCAAAGUUGUUGAAAAAUGUUUGGAAAGCCUGGAAAUAAAUUUAGAUGUGGGCAAUAAAUUAAGAGAUCUUAUUGAGUAUUAUUUAGAUGCAUCUAAACAAACUGAGUGUCAAAUUAAGCGAUUAAAUGCAAAUGUGAAUGAACUAUGCAGUGAUCCUUGCACAUUUCAAGGAAGAAUUGUGAUGAAAAAAGAUUCGUCGUUUUCUGAGUCAAGCUCAAAAAAUAUGCCUUCAUUGUUUGAUGAGCUUAACACUGCUAAUGACAAACCUUCCACUAUUAUAAAUGAUAGUCAUGUUUUGGAUAAAUUAAAUCAUUUAGAAACUGUGCUUGAAGAAAUAAAAGACACAUCACAAAAUAUCCAAACUGGAAAAGAUAGCCCCAAGAAUAUUUAUUAUGGGAAAUAUUCAAAUAAUCCCAUAAGAAGAAUCAAACCAACAAGAAGUAUCAGAAAUGCGAUGUUUGCGAAUUAUAUGAAUCUCCUUCACAUUUAA